CUCAGCCUGCCCCACCACAGUCCUCCAUUACGGCUCAGCCUGCCCCACCACAGUCCUCCAUUACGGCUCAGCCUGCCCCACCACAGUCCUCCAUUACAGCUCAGGGUGGUUCUGUUGUUGUUGCACCCCAACUUGUUGGCUGCAAUCUCGGAGGUUCAGUUUAUCAAAACAUCAGUGUUACUAUGCCUUCACAUGGUGCUGAUGAAGAUCUGCAAAAAGUCAAGGUCCAAAAGUCCAACAUGAAGAAGAAGUUUGGGAGCAUCUUUGAGGGGCUUGGAAAACGGGGAAACCCAACAUUGCUGGACAAUAUUUACACCGAGCUCUACAUCACAACUGGGGAGAGUGAAGGGGUUAAUAAAGAGCAUGAGGUAUGGCAGAUUGAAGAUACGGCUCGGACCAAAGCAUUUCAAGACCAUGCAAUCAACUGCAAUGACAUCUUUAAAUCUUUAGACCCUAAGACAGAGGAACAUAAUGACAAAUCCCAAUCCAAACAAGCGGUACCCGUCAGAACUGUGCUGACAAAGGGAAUCGCUGGCAUUGGAAAAACGGUCUCAGUGCAGAAGUUCAUCCUUGACUGGGCAGAAGGAAUAGCCAAUCGGGAUGUAGAUUUUGUCUUCGCACUUCCAUUCAGGGACUUGAAUUUCAUCAAAGAUGACUACAAUCUCUUGGAGCUCCUGAGUGACUUCCACCCUGAACUAACAGAUAUCAAGGAUGCAAAGAAGGUGGUCGACUGCAAAGUCGUGUUCAUCUUGGAUGGUCUGGAUGAAAGCCAACUUCCACUGGAUUUCCAUAACAACAAGAGGUUGUCUAAUGUAACCAAGACAACAUCAGUGGACGUGCUGCUGACAAACCUCAUCAAGGGGAAUCUGCUUCCUUCUGCUCUCCUUUGGAUAACCUCCCGACCAGCAGCAGUUGAUAAGAUACCCUCCGACUGUUUUGACCGUGUAACAGAAGUUCGGGGAUUCAACAACCCACAGAAAGAAGAAUACUUCAAGAAGAGAUUCCGUGAUGAUGAGAACCUGUCCAGCAAAAUCAUCUCACACAUAAAGACAUCGAGGAGUCUCUUCAUCAUGUGCCACAUUCCAGUCUUCUGUUGGAUUACUGCCAUGGUUCUUGGGAAAAUGUUGAGUGAAAAUGACCAUGGAAAAGUCCCUAAAACUCUGACUGAGAUGUACAUUCGUUUCCUUCUCACUCUGACAAGCAUGAAGAACAAGAAAUAUAAUGGGAAAAACGAACCAGAUCCUCGUAUUCUGUCAGAGUCUGACGUACAGAUAAUUCUGAAGCUUGGAAAACUAGCCUUCCAAAACUUGGAAAAGAGCAAUCUGGUGUUUUCUGAAGACGAUCUGAGAGGGUGUGGCAUUGAUGUCAAAGAAGGCUUCUUGCUCUCAGGGAUGUGCACAGAGAUCUUCAGAGAGGAGGACCCAAUGUUUAGAGCAAACAAGUACAGCUUUGUGCAUCUCAGCAUUCAGGAGUUCUUCGCUGCACUCUAUGUUGCCUACCUCUUUGUCAGUGAAAAUGUCAACCCGUUUGCAUCAAGAGAGAACAGGCUACCAAGAUCGAAUUACGGGUAUUUUGGAGAAGGUGAUGACUUCAGUGAGGACGAAGAUUACAGGCCACAACCCAGAGGUUCUCAGCAGCAGCAGAAAACACUGCAUGACUUGCAGAGGAGUGCGGUGGAUGAAGCUUUGAAGAGCAAGACCGGUCAUCUAGACCUCUUCCUCCGCUUCCUUCUGGGCAUCUCACUGGAGUCCAAUCAGAUCCUCUUGAAAUGCCUACAGCUCCAGACAGAGGGAGACAAAGAGAGUAUCCAGAAUACCAUCCAAUACAUCAAAGACAAGCUCUCAGACGAAAAACAAAGACAAUAUCCCUCCCCAGAGAGGUGCAUCAAUCUCUUCCACUGUUUGAUUGAGUUGAACGAUACCUCAUUUGUAAAUGAAAUUCAAAGGUUCUUGACAUCCAAAAACCCUGCUGAGAAGAACCUGACGCCUGCACAGUGCUCGGCGAUGGCAUACGUACUCUUGAUGUCAGAGGAAGUGUUGGACAAACUGGACGUGAGAGAGUACAACACGUCAGAUGAGGGGCGUAAGAGGCUGGUCCCUGCUGUUCGAUGCUGCCGAAAGGCUAUACUAGCGGACUGCCGCCUUACAACGAGUUGCUGUGAAACGGUGGCAUCUGCACUACAGCUGCCCGACUCCCAGCUGAGAGAGCUGGACCUGAGCGGCAACGCCCUGUUGGACCUGAAGUCCCUCUCUGUUGGACUGAGGAGUCCCAACUGCCGACUGGAGUCACUUAACCUUAGCCAUAUCAACAUGGGAAGAUCGGGACCAGAGCUUCUAAAGGCUGUGCUGAUGGGUGCUCACAGCCAGCCACUUGUGUUGAGACUCACCAGUUGUGAUCUCAAAGAUGACGUUUGUGAAACCGUUGCCUCGGCUCUCCAUUCAGCUGGCUCAUGUCUGACAGAGCUGGAUCUCAGCUACAACAAACUGACAGACACAGGGGUGAAGCAGAUCUCCAGUGGUCUUAUGAGUCCACACUGUAACCUGAAGAUACUGAGGCUAAGGGAGUGUAAUCUCUCCAGACGUUCCUGUGUCUCCCUGGCUCCUGUCCUGUGGUCAUACUCAGUACUGAGAGAGCUGGACCUGAGAGACAACAGCCUGUGGUACUCUGGAAUGAGGCUCCUCUCUGCUGGACUGAGGAACCCCAACUGUGCCUUACAGACUCUUAGGCUUUCUGGUUGUCUAGUCACAGAGAAAGGCUGUACGUUUCUUGCCUCUGCUCUGGAGUCAAACCCCUCCCACCUGAGAGAACUGGACCUGAGCUUCAAUCACCCAGGAGACUCCGGAGUGAAGCUGCUCUCUGCUAGACUGGAGGAUCCACACUGUAGACUGGAGAAACUCAGUUUGGACCAUGGUGGAGAGUCCAGAAUCAAACCAGGCCUGAGGAAAUAUGCCUGCCAGCUCAAGCUGAACUGUAUGUCAGCAGAUUUUGACCUGACUCUGUCCGAGGACAACACGAGGGUGGUGAGGAGAACACAGGUUAACCGAUAUCCUUAUUUUGAUUUCUCGGAUUCAGAUGACUCAGAUCGGACAGAAAAGUUGGAUAAGUGGGCCAAAGUACGCUGCAGGGAGCCCCUGUCUGAUGGUCGUUUCUACUGGCAGGUUGAAUGGACUGGCUGGGUUGACAUUGGGGUGACAUAUACACCCAAAUGGGAUAUUGAGAACAAGAGGUCUUGGAGGCUUUUCUGCUGCAAUGAACAGUACACAUUUAUUCAUAAUAUCAGGAUCUCAGUUGUGCCAGUACCCAGGCCGGACCCAAAGUGUAUAGGAGUGUAUCUGGACUUUCCGGCUGGCACUCUGUCCUUUUACAGCGUCUCCUCUGGUACACUGACCCACCGGUACACAUUCCACACCACGUUCACUGAGCCCCUUUACCCUCAGUUCAAAAUCAUGUGUGAUGAGAUGGAGAUAUUUGGCUCAGUUAAAAUCCAAACUCUGUGAAUGAAAGCAGCCAUCACCAGAGUAACGGACAGACACAUUUUUAAUUAAUUUUAUUUCUGUAAAUAGAUUUAGUCUGUUUUUUGGGGGGAGAUUUUAAUUGAACUUUAUUGAUACCCAGGUGGGAAAUCGAAAUGGUAUAGUCACACAUUACAUACAUUGAUGAUGUAAAUAAAGUUUUGUAUGGAACUGAGA